CACUUUGACAAAAUGGCACCUCCACCACCGCCUCCUCCGCCUCCUCCCCCCGUGCCAGAGAUUGGUUUCGAUGCUAUUCUUGACGGGUUAUCGAAUGGAGCUCAAGAAGGAAACAAGUCUGCAGGGUUGCCUUCGUUUGCAUCGGAGAGCAAUGGAAUGGACUCGAUGAGCCAGCUAGCAGUGGUGGAAGCACCUCAACAGAAGCCAUGGGAGAAACCCCUGACCAUUCCAGAGAUAAGGAAGAGUAGUCAGAACUGGUCGCUAGCAUCAGAUGCAGGACUUCUCCUGUACCUGCAGGAAUUCUCUCAGAAGAUGAUGUCCAAGACGAGUGACCUGGAGAAGAGGAUGGACAGCCUCGUCCACGACGCCAAGAGUGCAGACUCUAGGGUUCACAACACCUUCAAUGACUUCCUCAUGCUUGCCAAUACACAGUUCAUUGAAAACCGAGUAUAUGAUGAUUCAGAGGAUGUUGAUGGAGGCUCCCAAUCUGAGAAAGAUAAGAAAGAACAGGCGACGAAGACUAGAGAGCAGAGAGAAGCAGAGGUCAUCCCGCGGGUCAUCAAGGCGCUGACCCUAGGUAUCAAUGUCCUGGACACCGGCUUCGAGCACCUGGACGCUAACGCUGGCAACUCGGAUUCAGAAGAUGAAGACCCAACCUACAAGGCUGUGGAUCCCAUUCUUGAAGCAAAGGACAUGUAUGGCCAUAGAUCACUUCCGUACAUCAUCGGAACACCAGCCUUCAUGCAAGAUGAUGAUGUGGGACUGAUGGACUUAAGCGAAGAAGAAGUAGAAGACGAUUCAAGCGUGGAAACUCUCAGUGACUCAGAGAAGUCGGAACUGUCAGAUUCUGAGUAUUCCGAUACAGAGACAGAGUCUGAGUUCACAGGAGGGCGACAGAAGAUGACGGCUGAUACAACAAUGGCAUCCACCAACAGGAGUGAAUCGGAGGACUCUGAUACCGGUCUGUUUGAUGAUGAGGAACCAUCAGACCAGGAGGCAGCAGCCCAGCCUGUGAACUUCCAAGAUGAGCUAUCAGCCAAGCUAGGAGGAGGUAUGACGAGGGGUGCACAAAACCAGGAACCAGGAGAAGUGACAGAUGAAUCCAAUAGAAACCGCACCAUCUCGGAAGACAGCAAGACAUCAUCUCAGGAGAGCUCCAAGAAAGGAACGAGGAGAAAGAAGCUUCCACUGGACAGAGAGAAGAAGAGCAAGAAGAAGAGAUCAACGUCCAAGGCUGAAGUACAACCUGACCCUGGAUUGAGGAUCAGGUUUAACAAAGGAAAACUUAGACCUCAGGCCAACUUCCUUUGUUGA